AUGGCCCAAGGCGCGCCCAAGAAAAUAAGUAAACCGACCCUAUCCGCCCGCGCCAACAAGCCACAACCGCCGAAAAAGGGCGCGCGCGUGAUCAAGGCGAAAAAGGGGAAAGGAUCCAGCGCCGCCGAUAAAUUGCAGCGCAAGCUCGCGGCCGGCAUCACGAAUAAAACGGAGCGAUUGCUGGGUGAUCGCGCUGGCCAUCUGGAGCUGAUCGGGCCCGGAAAGAAAGCGCGGGGCGAGAAAGAUGCCGCUACUGUCGUGGAAAGCGGCAAUGCCCAGUUCCUAGACGGCUGA